UCAGCAUCGGAGCGACGUCGCAGGAAGCGGCUGCGUUUGUGCGCGAUCUAAUAGGUCGGACACGCAGCUUAAUCCCGUCUGGUGCUGCUCGCCAUACUUCUGCACGGGGAUAUUGCUCCAAGCUCCAAACGAGCACGAACACUCGAUAAGCGAGCUGUUUAAACAGGCUUUCAAAUGGAAAAUUCGCCCGUGAACAACCGCCUCAGGACUGCUCCGUUCAGCUACGAUGAUGAGGACCAGGAUAAAGAGUAUGUGGGAUUUGCCACUUUGCCAAAUCAGGUGCAUCGAAAAUCUGUAAAAAAGGGUUUUGACUUCACACUGAUGGUAGCAGGGGAGUCUGGUUUGGGAAAGUCUACUCUGGUCAACAGCCUCUUCCUCACAGAUCUUUACAAAGACAGAAAACUGCUCAAUGCUGAAGAAAGGAUUACCCAGACAGUGGAGAUCACCAAACACACAGUGGACAUUGAGGAGAAAGGUGUCAAAUUGAAACUCACCAUAGUGGACACACCAGGCUUUGGAGAUGCAGUCAAUAACACAGAAUGCUGGAGGUCAGUGGCAGACUACAUUGACCAGCAGUUUGAGCAAUACUUCAGAGAUGAGAGUGGGCUGAAUCGCAAGAAUAUUCAGGACAACCGUGUACACUGCUGUCUCUAUUUCAUUUCACCCUUCGGUCAUGGUCUUAGGCCUUUAGAUGUGGAGUUCAUGAAAGCGCUUCAUGAGAAGGUGAACAUUGUUCCUGUGCUUGCCAAAGCAGACACGCUCACGCCCACCGAGGUCAAGAGAAAGAAGACCAAGAUUCAAGAGGAAAUUGAGCAAUACGGGAUCAAAAUCUACCAGUUUCCUGACUGUGAUUCAGAUGAGGACGAGGAAUUCAAACAGCAGGACCAGGAACUGAAGGCGAGCAUUCCAUUUGCAGUCAUUGGCAGCAACACAGUGGUGGAGGCGAAGGGGCGUAGGGUUCGUGGUCGUCUCUACCCCUGGGGCAUCGUGGAAGUGGAGAACUCUGCACACUGUGACUUUGUGAAGUUGAGGAAUAUGUUAAUCCGGACACACAUGCAGGACCUGAAAGACGUGACCCGAGAAACUCACUAUGAGAACUACAGAGCACACUGCAUCCAGAGCAUGACUCGCAUGGUAGUGAAGGAACGGAACCGCAAUAAGCUAACUAGAGAGAGUGGCACAGACUUCCCCAUUCCCAUGGUGCCUGGCGAAACGGAUGCAGAGACAGAAAAACUUAUCCGUGAGAAAGACGAGGAGCUGCGGCGCAUGCAGGAGAUGCUGCAGAAGAUCCAGGAACAGAUACAAAAAGAAUCUUAUUAACCACUGCAGACAGACCAUGCCCCUUCCCCAGAGUUCUCCACCCACAGACAAGCUCCUUCCACCCCACUAAGGCUGAGAUGUUACCCUGCUGGUAAGGUUAGGGUCAGGGUCAGCUAACCCUAACCCUAGAGCUGACCCUGACCCUAACCCUAACCCUAACCCUAGAGCUGAUCCUGACCCUAACCCUAACCCUAUACCCUUAACCCUAAAAGCUUACCCUGACCCUAACCCUCAUCCUCCAUUAGAUGUGAGUGUAAUAUGGCUGGAGCUGACCCUGACCUUGACUCUAGAGCUGACCCUGAGUGUCAUGAUGUACCCUUGACCCCUGACUCUAACUCUAACCCUGACCCUAGAGCUGACCCUGAGUGUCAUGAUGUAUCCUUGACCCUGAUCUUGACCCUAACCUUGACCCUAGAACUGACCCUGAGUGUCAUGAUGUACCCUUGACCUUUGACCCUGACUCUAACCUUGCUGUACGUGCUUUACAGAAUCCACCAAAUGGCCAUUUAUAGUAACAAAGAAAAAUAAAGCAAAAUGGAAUCCUCAAGCUUGCUAUAAUUUCAGUUGGUUUCUAGAACAUUUUGCUUUGCUUACAGAACCAGGAAUCGUGUUGUGUUUCCUGUGAAGUUGUGAUGUCGAGGUCUGUUUUGUGUUUGUUACAGAUAUGAAUACCAUGUGACUCCUGCAGUUAGUCAGCAGCUGUGUAAGCAAUAGUAGGACCUAGCAGGGAGUGUCCCUUCAUUUACUCCAGUCUGCAUAUGCACAACAGAGUUCCCUGGAGUUUAUAACAGCUUGAUAUUAUACAGUCAAAACAAUGCAAUUAUUUAAUGUUUUAAACAGUGUGCUGUUUUAUUUGUACAAUUUUGUUAAAUGAAUGCAUUUUGCUGUACUGCUU